AUGAGCCAACUGAGGUCUGCGGUCCAUGAGGACCUGCUGAUGUCCGGUGUUGCUGACGGAAGAGACUGGACCUCUGAAGCAGCUGGUCACAAACCCUGGCCCCAGAUCAGAACCCUGGAUCAGGAGCCGUUACUCUUCUGUUCCGAGUCUGAACUAGGACCGAACCACGAGGGACAGAGACUCCACCACCACCACACCGAACACAACCAGUGUACAGGUGGACUGAACAACCUCAGUCCUGGUGGUCAUCCGAGAGACCAAGGCUCCAGUCAGGGAUCCAGUCUGCAGGCCAGACCCUUCUCUUCACAGUCUCAGUGCAGGGAUGAAGCAGGGCCUGGGGCUGAUAGAGAUAGACCCUCCUGUUCCUUUGAUACAAACACCACAGUAUCCAUGAUGAACAGAGCAGGUCACCCUGGGCUUCAGCCUUCACAGAGAGUGGUGGGAGACCCCCCUUGCGGUAGUCUAUCGGCAAGUCUGUCUUCUCCUUCAGGAUCUUGUCUAAUGCCUGGUGACUGGGUUCAUGGGAAGCCUGGGUCCAGCCUUCCUCAGCUACCUCAUGGUUACCCCACAAAUACAGCCAGGGCCAGGAUGGGCGUUCACCACAAGAGGUACCUAGCCUAUAACACAGCACACAAUCCCAACAACACCCAAACAAUGGCUAGAGGUCAAGGAGGGAGCUCAAAGACUAACCACCUAAGGGUGGUGGCUUCUGCUUCUACCUCCUCUGGUGUCAUUGGGAGGCCGAGCAUUAGGACUGACGCCGACAAGCCGUAUGCCUGCCCCACAUGUGGGAAGCGCUUCGCUGAGGCGAGCUAUGUGAAGAAGCAUCAGACCGUUCACACCAAGGAAAAGCCCUUCAAGUGCAAACUAUGUUACAAGAGCUUUUCUUUCCUGAGUAACCUUAUCAGACAUAGGAGUGUCCACAGUGGGGAGAAAUUGUAG